UCUCUUUCUAUCUAUUUAUCUAUCUUUUUCAGUCUCCGAGUCGCCGUACACGGCACGCUUCUCCUAUAAUAAACCGGUGUCUCCUUCCUCCUCUAAUACCUACAAGCCUGCCUGUCAUGCAAUCUAGCCAUCCGUGACACCGAGUCACGACUCGAGGAACGGGAGGAAUAGUCUUCCUCCCACUCUUGGAUAGCGUGCGAGGGAGUCUUCUUUCACGUUUUACCCAUCGCCCUGUCCUUCUCUUAUGGUUCCUCGCGUGGAAAUUCGCGUAUUUUGGACUUGGUGCGCGAGAAAUCUCGCUAGAAUCGAUUCCCUCUCCCCCUCCUCGCGUUCCAUCUCCUCCUCCGCGACGAGUCUUCCUCUACUUUCCUCUCGUACACCUUUGCUCUCCUCUUCUUCUUCUCCCGAGCUCCUGCCCUCGUCUCUCCAUCUCUUUAGCCCUCUCUCUCUUUCACAGCACGUACGCACUUACCUGCACGACGGUGGCGCUUCGACUUAACGAACUCCGGUGGCGCCCAAGGAAAGAUCGUCUCGUGGUCGGGGAUCUCUGCCUCGAUCCCGACACACCGUCCCGAGUGCGAGGAGCGUGCGCGCGCUCUCUCUCUCUCCUCUCGCCUCCCACGUAUACGUGUGUGUGGUUGCGUCGUGUGCCCGUCAAGUGCGCGGAAUCAUAUAUUUUCGGAUACUCUGCUUCGCGCCCUCCUCCGAUUCGGCCUCUCUUCCCCUCCAUUGCCCUCCCUCGGGGCAGUUGCGCAAGCAGGUAUUCGGAAAUAACCCGUGUGGGUCGCAGUUAUGAAUUGAUAGCAAACACAUGGUGGACACAAACGCCGCGUGUUCCGCCCGUUCAGUCGGUAGCGCGUCUCUCGCCGAGGGAUCUCGGGUCCCCCGUCGUUGACAACUCGAUUGACGACCUGGUGCGCGACCCUCGAACACUCGCGUAAACGAUUGGACCUGGUGAAUCUCCAAUGGCACGGGACAAUCGUCCUCGUCGCUUCGUUUCGCUCAAUCCAAAGUGUACUUAUUGGUGAUUCAGCCUGAUGACAGUGACCAGCCUGUCGACUUGUCGACGGGGAUCUACCCGCUUUAUCAUGGGAUAAAGGGAGCUUAGGUGCUUUCCAGUUUGGCCGAAAGUUGGUUCCAUGAUGAACCUGAAGAUCUGCCACGAAUCGACAUGUGAUUACCAAUCGUGCCAGUUUGGUUCCGCGGCAACGAACCCCAAACAUCUUUAGCGUCUUCGCUCAUCUUCGAUUUGGAUGCUGCGAAUUCGUGUCCUGAGAGAGAGAGAGAGCAAGGGACGAGGGGACAGCGAGUUAGGGCGAGACCAGAGGAACCGGACGAAUGACUCUGACAAUCCUGGACCACGUACAUGUGCAGUGAUUACCCAAGAUCGGCACUCAUGUACGUUGAUUACGGCGGCGACACUUAUGCCGGAAUGGGAAUCAAGGCUAUGAAGUCCUUUGGCAGGCCCAGAGAUAUACCGGCGCAAGUGCCGCCGUUGACGCCUGGGACCAACAAGAAAAUGACCGAGGCUCUAGAAGCCGUCUUCGCGUCUUGGGAAAAGGAACGACUCCGCUUGAACAUAAAUAAAGACCCGAGGCAAUGGUCGGAAACAGCUGUCGCCCACUGGCUGCAAUGGGCCAUCGGGGAGUUCUCCCUGGAGGGUGUGCCGAUGCAAUCGUGGCAGCACAUGACCGGGAAACAGAUUUGUGCCAUGGGGAAGGAAUCCUUUCUAGAACGUACCCCCACCACCUUCAUGGGCGACAUCCUAUGGGAGCAUCUCGAGAUCCUGCAGAAAAAUGUGGACGCAGCAAAGGCCUCUCCGGAGAACGUGCCGGCGAACUUGUACGAAAGCGUAUGCGUGCCAGAUUUAGGUGAUUUUGUGGGAUACCAGGGUGCCGGCCAUCAUCAGGUGGCAACACCAGAGCAUAAAAACCCGUCGACGCCCGCCAAUUCGGCCACCUCCAACUCCUCCGGUCCUCCUCAGAGCGCCACGCAACAACAACCCCCGAUACAACCUUCUUCAGCCGCGGUGUCCCUGCCAUCGAGACAGUAUCAUAACGAUGGUGGUUACAAUCAUCUUCGCAGCCCCGUGUGCCAAGACGAAAGUCAAAGAGACGAAACGUCGCCACCACCUCACAGCCAUAGCACCCAACCGCCCACCUCUCAUUCUAGCACUCCUAACAGUAACAAUAACAAUAAUAACAAUAACAAUGCCAACAGUGCGUACAUCCACCUUCGGAAUUUAAAUCAGCUCAAAACGGAAUCGAACUACAGUAAUCACCACAUAGCGGAGCAUCUCCAGAGCGGAGGUGGUGGCCUGGGCAGCGGGGGCGACCUCGGGGGUACCGCGAGCAACGAGAGCGACUUGAGAGUCGGUGCAAACGCCACGGAGAGUUACAUGACUCCGGCGCAUUAUUCCGGAUACGACGAAGCCUCCGAGUAUCACAGCUUAUCGCAGGAUCAUCAGCCGCAUCCGUACAAUUUGGACGGUUCACCGGACUUUUACGGCGCCAGCGGGAUCCACAUCGAGCCCAAGUAUCAGCCCUUCAAAAACUAUCCUCGAGGACGCUAUCACGAGAGCUACAGCGAGGGCGGAUAUGGCCAGUACGAUGCAACGUCGUUCCAAACGGUUCCCGGAAGUGGAAGCGGUGCUGGAGGCGGCGGCGUCGCCGGUGAGCAGUGGGGUGUCGGGCUCGGGGAUCAUUUGCCUCAUCAUCCCGCGUUUCUCGCGGGACUCGGACCACGGGACUCCUCCAAUCCCCAUCAUCCCACAUCCAUCACCAAUAAUGCGGACCAAAAGCCCUUACUGCAAAGCCCUAUGCUCGCCAGUUAUGCAGGCGGACCAUGUUUCACCGGAUCAGGCCCAAUUCAGCUCUGGCAGUUUUUACUAGAACUGUUAACUGACAAAUCGUGUCAGGGUUUCAUCUCGUGGACCGGCGAUGGCUGGGAAUUCAAACUAACCGAUCCGGACGAAGUCGCACGCCGUUGGGGCGUCCGCAAGAAUAAACCCAAGAUGAACUACGAGAAGCUGAGCCGAGGCUUACGUUAUUAUUAUGACAAGAACAUUAUUCACAAAACUGCUGGCAAACGAUACGUGUACCGCUUUGUAUGCGACUUACAAAGUCUACUAGGACUCAGUCCUGAGGAGGUACAUGCAAUGGUAGACUUGAAACCCGAGAAGAAGGAAGAAGACUGAGUUUUUGUUAACGAGCAUGCUUUGGAGGACUGUGUCACACUUAUAAAAGAAAUGUAAUAAUACAAAUUUCCCCCCUCUAUCUCUCUAUUUCUCUCUCUAUCUCUUUCUUUGCAUUAAGCGUGCUAAGAACAAAGAAACAUGGGAGGACAAAGUAUCUAUACAAUGAAAUCACUAUGAAAAAACUAUAUUCAAGUACAGAAGACUGUGAUAGAGCGUCUUCUUUGUUCAGAUAUAAACAAAAUCGAAUCGGUCGUAUGUACCAAAGACAGGGUCUGCAUACCAUUGGUGCCUAAAGUUGAAUAAAUCGCGGAUUUGUUUCUAAGUGAUUGAUUUGUCAGCAGAUUUUAGAGAAUAUUUAUAGGAAUAACUCGUCAAUUUAUA